GACAAAUCAAUAUAGCGAGUUUUGUCGAGUCAACUCCAAGGUAACAAACCUGCAUCGCAGAACACACCCAAAUUCCUUCUGUUCUGUACGAUCAUAUCGUCCCUCUCAUGGGCUUCCUUCACACAUCAUCGUCGUUUCUUUCAUCUCCUUCCCAGUUCCACCUCCCAUCUCUCCAACCCCACAGUCACAGCCGCUGCAUCACCAAACUCCAUAGCCGAACCUUCCACUCUAUCUUCACCACAAUCACAACGCCACCGCCACAACCAUUUCCUCAAAUUCCAAAACUCUCCCACACAACCACCCACCUUCUUCACCACCGUUCCCACACAAACAUGCCCUUCACACUCCACGCUUCACCACAUGACUCACACUCCACCGCCACCACCACAAACUCCAAGCUAAUCCUCAUCACCUCCUCACUCACUAUAGCCUUAGCCGUUGCCAACCGUGUUCUUUACAAGCUCGCCCUCGUGCCCAUGAAGCAGUACCCCUUCUUCUUAGCCCAGCUCACAACUUUCGGCUAUGUGGCUAUAUAUUCUUCAAUAUUGUAUAUGCGAUACCGGGCUGGAAUUGUGACUGAUGAAAUGCUAGCUCUACCCAAAUGGCGGUUCAUGGCUAUUGGUGCCUUAGAAGCUCUUGGAGUAGCUACUGGGAUGGCUGCUGGAGCCAUGCUUCCUGGACCGGCUAUACCAAUACUGAGUCAGACAUUUUUGGUGUGGCAGCUGGCUUUUUCUACCAUCAUCGGGAGAAGUUACUCAUUCAAUCAAAUUGCUGGCUGCUUACUUGUAGCUACUGGUGUGGUGGUGGCUGUUGCCAGUGGUUCUAAUGCUGAUCAGAUGCUAUCUGGAGUUGAUUUUAUGUGGCCGGUGCUAAUGAUAGCUUCCAGUGCUUUUCAAGCUGGUGCAUCUAUUAUCAAGGAAUUUGUUUUCACUGAUGCUGCAACCCGCCUUAAGGGAAGGUCACUUGACAUAUUUGUGGUCAAUUCUAUGGGAUCUGGAUUCCAGGCUCUUUUUGUGCUUUUCUUUUUACCUUUCCUGUCAAGAGUGAAGGGCAUACCGCUCGGCCAACUGCCUUCUUAUCUAAAAAGUGGCGCUGGUUGCUUUCUUAAUUUUGGAGCCAAUGUGCCAGGUUGUGAUGGGGCUCCGUUGCUUCCACUGCUUUAUAUAACGAUCAAUUUGGCUUUCAACAUAUCCGUGCUCAAUGUAGUAAAAAUUUCUUCAGCAGUUGUUUCUUCUCUUACUGUGAUGUUGUCAGUGCCAAUUUCAAUUUAUAUUCUAUCCCUUCGAUUGCCAUAUCUUCCAGAGGCCACUAGCUUGAGCCCCUUUUUCCUCUUAGGCAGUUUGAUUCUUGUAUCAGGUCUUGUAAUUUACAGCAUACCCCAACCUGCCAAGCAUGACUCCAGAGAUGGUUAACUUAUAUGAUUAUUUGAAGCAGCUCAAAUUUAUUUAUUUAUUCUUUUCUAAUUCAACUGUACAUAUUGCAACGCCA